AUGGAGGCGACCAAUGGACACGCAGGACGGCCCAAAGUGCUGUGCCCUGAAAAGCUCUCUGCCGACGGGCUCGCGCUCCUCCGUAAGACUCUCGACGUGGAUGAAAAGAAAAAUCUCUCCCCAGAGCAGCUCAAAGAGAUUAUUUCCGAGUACGACGCGCUCUUGGUCCGCUCGGAGACCAAAGUCACUGCAGACCUGCUCAAUGCGGCCAAGAAACUCAAGGUCGUCGCCCGUGCCGGUGUAGGUGUGGACAACGUCGAUGUCCCCGCGGCGACCAAGUUAGGUAUCAUCGUCGUCAACAGCCCCAGUGGGAACAUCCAAGCCGCGGCGGAACAUACCAUCGCCCUGUUGAUGAGCAUGGCGAGGAAUAUUCCUGACGCGUGUGCGAGUGUCAAAGACGGGAAGUGGGAGAGAAGUCGUUUGGUAGGUGUAGAGGUCAAAGGCAAAACUCUUGGAAUCAUUGGCCUUGGAAAAGUCGGCCUGAUUGUUGCACGAAUGGCCCGUGGCCUAGGCAUGAAUGUCGUGGCUUCGGAUCCCUACGCCUCGCAAUCAGUCGCAGCCGCUGCCAACGUCGAAUUGGUCGAAGGGCUGUCGGGGCUGCUCCCUCAGGUCGACUUCCUGACGAUCCACACUCCCAUGCUGGCAUCGACCCGAGGAAUGCUGGCGAUAGCCGAGUUAAACCAAAUGAAGCGCGGCGCCCGCAUCCUCAACGUCGCCAGAGGCGGCAUCGUCGACGAAGAAAGCCUCCUGGACGCGCUCGAGUCCGGCCAAAUAGCCGGCGCCGCCAUCGACGUCUUCACGAGCGAACCACCCACCAAAACCCCGGGCUCACCGGCCGCGAAGCUCGUCCAGCACCCAAAGUGUAUCGCCACGCCUCACCUGGGCGCCUCCACGGUCGAAGCCCAGGAAAACGUGUCGAUCGACGUGUGCGAACAAGUCCUGCAGAUCCUCGCCGGCGACCUGCCUCGCAGCGCCGUCAACGCCCCCAUCAUCCUGCCCGCAGAGUACAAGACACUCCAGCCCUUCGUCAAGCUCGUUGAGAAGAUGGGAUCGUUGUACACGCAACACUUCGCCUCCCCGACGCAGCCAACGCAACGACACCUGAACACCUUCGACUUGAUCUACGAGGGAGAAAUCGCGCAAAUGACUAGCACGAAGCCGCUCUUCGCCGCGCUGAUCAAGGGGCUGAUGACCCCGAUUUCGGAAACCGAGGGGGGUUUCAACGUGAACAUUGUCAACGCGGAGAUGGUCGCGCGCGAGCGCGGCCUGUUCGUCAACGAGCAGAAGUCCCGCGACCCCAUGACCCAGGCGUACAGCAGCAUGGUGACGCUGAUCGCGCGCCCGCCGAGCCGCGCCCCGUCCCUGAGCAGGCACAGCUCCGAGGCCGUCGCCAGCGUGACAGCAACCUCGGUGGCCGACGGCGCGGACGCCAGCAGCAAACGCCAGCACAUUAUCUCGGGCUACUGUAGCGACAACUCGCCGUUCAUCUCACGGCUGGGCCAGUUCGCGACCUCGUUUGUGCCCGAGGGCUCGCUCCUGAUCUGCCACAACUACGACUCGCCCGGCAAGAUCGGCGUCGUGGGCAGCAUCCUUGGCCGCGAGGGCGUCAACAUCAACUUCAUGAGCGUCGCGCCCGCGACCUUCUCGAGCGUCUCCGCCGGCGCGAAGAAGCUUGGGUUCGACACGGCCAAGCAUGAUGCGCCCGCCACGGUGGCGAACGAGGCGCUCAUGAUCCUUGGGGUGGAUGGCGAGAUUGGGGACAACGUCAAGAAGGAGUUGAUUGCAGAGAAGGGUGUGCUUAAUGUGAGCAGCAUCACCCUGUGA